CAGUUUGAGAAGUUCAUAAUUUUUUAUUUCUCACUCAGUAGAGAACCAUUUAUAGAUUUUAUGGUUUAUAAAUUAUUCUUGUCUCUUUAUAGAUCAAGGAGUUGUGGCUGGAUCAAAACACAAACAUGGGAGUUGAAGGUUUAUCAUCAGUUGGACAAAUACUUUCCAAUCAAUCCUGUGUUAAAUACUUGGGCCUUGGCAACUGCAACCUGUCAUCAGAUCAACUACAAGCUUUCAAAUCAUCCUUGGGAAACACAGAGAUUGAUCAGUUGGAUCUGAAUGAAGAUAGAACUGCAAACCAUGAAGAUAUUGUUGCAGUUGCUAAUCUGCUUCCUAAUGUUACAAAGGAGUUAUCAUUGCAUGGAUGGAAAAUAGCAGAUGAAGAUAAAGAAAUAUUGCAGAAUCAAUUGAAUGAAAUUGGAUCUGAGUUUCCAAAAUUUAUCAUUCAUCUUGCUCUACUGCAUGAUCUAUCAAAAAUUUUACAAUAUCAAGGAACUAGAAAUUGGUUGGAUAGCACAAUACUCAAAAGUCAAAGCAAGUCAGCAGAUGCUACAACCAAUGUUUUUUCUAAACAACUUCCGACCACAACUUCAAAAGCUGAAUUUGGAUUACCAGAUGACAGUUUUGAGAAUACUGGAGAAAAUGUGGAGACUUUACAAGAAGUAGGAAGCCCCAGAAGUGAAAUCCCACUGUCUGAAGAAGAAGCAGAACAAUCAGAUAAAGAAGUAACUGAACAACCUGCAAAGCCAACUCAGCAUACUUUGCUGCAAAUUGAAAAUGUUUCGUCUCAAAGAAGUGGAUCCGACAUUCUCUUGACUUGGAAUGAAGUACCUGACAGUAACGUUCUAUACAACAUAGAAAUCUUCUGUGAUGAUGUGAAACUUGGAGAGACUCAUACUACAGAGGUUCCUCAGUAUAGAAUGAAGUCACCUACACUUGGUAAAACAUAUCGUUUUCAAGUCUGGGCCAAAGAUGAAUUGGGAAACUCUGGCAUCAAAACACAGUCAAGGAAUGUUAUCAAAUUGGUAAACGUCGAAGUUGCCGGCGGCUCCCUGAGACUGAACGAGUGCAAAGUCACGUUUCCUAGUGGAACUUUCAACAAACAAACAAAGGUCUGGAUGUCAGUUGGAAUUGACAAUUCACUAUGUCCAGAAGAAUACAUUGGUAUCACACCAGUUUUCGAUAUCAGUGCAGAUUCCGAAUUCCUCGAAGAUGCGAUCGUGCAAAUCCAGUCAUGGUGUGUCGGUCUAGAUGAAGACAAAAUUGACAUAUUACAUUUCUCAAGUAAAACUGAUUGGAACAUUAUUAAACCUGAUCGAAUCACUGAGGAUAACAGCAUAGAAUUUCGAUGCAGAGAGUUCAGCCCAGUUUCAGCCGUCAUCAGGUGGGCGCUAUUUGGAACACAGGAGCUUCUUAUGGAACAUCGCCUUUAUAUUUUAAACAAAAACCAAUUUCAUCUUGCAUUUUUCACAUGUGGUGAGACUGUUCAGAACAAUGUCAGACAUUAUUAUAAAGACCUGGGUGCACAACUUGCUCCUUUUCCUCUCCCUCAAAUCCUGUUACAAACUGGAGACAGAGUUCGCAUGAAACUUCAAAUUGACCGCGGACCAGAAAAUUUGCAUUUCAAUUUUCCUGAUGGCCAUGCUUUCCUGGUAGACAAAAAAUUCCUGAGAAAGCAAAGAAAUGAAUACACGAUUCAUCUUUUCCCUGUCUUAGAGGAAUAUCCCCAACGUAACAUCAGAUAUGAGAUGGUUAAGGAUGGUAAUGAACCUGAAAAUUGCAAUCGUGAUUUUGACUUCCCAGUGGAACGAAUAGAUAUGCCAGGACAGCGAAUUGCCAAUUUCCUCGGAGAUGUUCAUGUGGCAGGGAACAUGCUUGUGAAUGAACAAGAAAACAAUCUUCAACAACCUUUACAAGAUGCACAAAUCGAACAGAGAGAAGCAGAGCAGCAAAGAGAUGCAGAUGAAAACGGGGACCGUGAACCAGAAUUGAUUUUCCAAAUUGCCAUUUUCUUGUUUGUAGCGGUUUUUCUCAGCGCUUAUUUCGCGAGGCGGCACACCUGAAUAAACCCUAUAAUUUGUUUCUGGCUGGAAUUUCAUAAACUUUAUUGGAAUCUCUCAUAUUGACGUUUCGGUGCUCCAGAAGUAUUCAUAACAAGGCAUUUUCCAUUUAAAUUUUCAUGCACUGCAAUCAGCAUUUCUUGUUUAUCAUGAUUGACAACACUGUACCUAAUCUUGCUGUAUUGGAAUGAAAUAACAAUUGAAUAAA